AGUCGGGAGAAUCAUUGCGAAAUUGAACGGCGGCGGCGGAACAAGAUGACCGCCUACAUCACCGAAUUAUCGGACAUGGUGCCGACGUGUUCAGCACUCGCCAGGAAACCAGACAAAUUGACCAUACUGAGGAUGGCGGUCGCCCAUAUGAGGAACCUCAGGGGAACAGGAAACACCAGUUCAGACGGCGCAUACAAGCCCUCCUUCCUCACUGAUCAAGAGCUGAAGCACUUGAUCCUGGAGGCAGCCGAUGGCUUUCUUUUCGUCGUUAACUGUAACAGCGGGAUGAUCAUUUACGUCUCCGAUUCUGUGGCGCCUGUUUUGAACUACACGCAGAACGAUUGGUACGGGACCAGCCUCUAUUCGCAGGUCCAUCCGGACGAUACGGAGAAAGUGAAGGAGCAAUUGAGCGGCGCCGAGCCGGAAAACGGCGGCAGAGUAUUGGACUUGAAAACAGGAACGGUGAAAAAAGAGGGGCAAUCGUCGAUGAGACUGUGCAUGGGCUCGAGAAGAGGCUUCAUAUGUCGCAUGAAAGUUGGGAACAUGCAGACGACUGGCGACAUGGCUGCGGCCCAUGGCCUCCACCACGUGAAACAGAGGAACUCCCUCGGUCCUCCAGCUCGCGACGGUCAAAAUUACGCGGUGGUUCAUUGUACAGGGUACAUCAAAAGCUGGCCACCAAAUGGUGAUUUUGUACCCCCAUGUGUACCAGGUAUGGGAUUAGCUGACAGGGAGGCUGCCGGCGUUCAAGUCGGACCUGACGGGGUGGUCACAGACGACAACGUCAGCACUCACUGCUGCCUGGUUGCCAUUGGGCGACUACAGGUUACUAGUACACCAAAUAGUAGCGAUUUAGCAGGUUCCAAUAGCAAUAAUGAAUUUAUUUCACGUCAUUCGGCCGAAGGUAAAUUUACCUUUGUGGACCAAAGAGUCGGUGGAAUUCUAGGAUACACACCGUCCGAGCUCUUAGGUCAUCCGUGCUACGAAUUCUUCCAUCCGGAGGAUUUAACGCAUAUGCGAGAAAGUUUCGAGCAAGUGCUGAAGAUGAAGGGACAGGUAGUGUCUGUAAUAUACAGAUUUCGAGCCAAAAAUCGUGACUGGGUGUGGUUAAGAACGUCUGCAUUUGCAUUUUUAAACCCGUACAAUGACGACGUUGAAUACAUUGUCUGCACGAACACACAUGCCAAGUCAUUCCAUCCUAGCAGUGAUGGUCAGACAGAAAAUGAAGCUGUACCUGCUUAUGGACAACCUGGCCUAGAUUAUUCCCUGCAGAGACAUCCUACCAGAGAUCCUCUUUAUUCUGGGCAUCAUAUGAUGCAGCAUCCAGCGACUGUCGCUACAGCUGGUCCUCAACAACCUAGGCCGUCCAGUACGCAAAAUGUGUAUCAGGGAUACGAAACGACGCAAUCGCCUAUAGCUUAUGGUUCCCCUGGCCAACAAAGUGCGUCUUCUUCUGUUUUAAGCAGAAUUCAGAAACCAGCUAACACAUCGCCAACUCCAGUGCAACAAGGGUGGGCUAUUGGAAGACAGCAACCUGUGACAGAAGGAUACCAGUACAAUCAAUUAAGUCCUUCGAGGUCACCGAAUGGACCAACAUAUACUCAAUUAAGUAGCGGUGCUAGGACACCAGCCACGCAAUAUCAUGCAGUCACAACUGUACCUAAUAACCCCGGCAUGUGGGGAUGGCAAAGCCAACAACAUCAGGCGCCUCAGCAAGAUGGCGGACAAUCAAAUCCUCAGGUGGCUGGACAAGCACAACAACCCCAUCCUUCGCAAGGUGGACCCGGCACACAACCACAGGAAUUGUCAGACAUGUUACAGAUGCUGCAAGAUCAGGGUGGAGCGUCCGGUUUCGAGGAGUUAAACAUGUUCAAUACUAAUUUCGAGUAGCGACAAGAAAACAGCAUGGCCGAUAAACGUCUAUCUUAAGGAAGCUUUAGUAUUCGAGUUUCAUUUAAUUGGAGUUUGUUCCAAGUAUCGUAAAUCACACUUUUACUUGAGCAUUAUUCAAUUAUGAUAACAAGAGUUCGCCAGUCAGCACCUCAUGCGAAAAUUUCAACUGAAUUGACUCUAACUUUACGAUAGAGAUUUACUAUCCGACUUUCACAGAUUGAUUUAUCAGCGCUUCCGUUCCGCUGGAACUAUUUUAUUGUGGUUGACAGUGCGAUUUUAACAAUCGUAUGAUUGCUUGCGCGGUAAAUUAUUCGGAAUUCGUUUUGCGAAAGUGCCAUUAAAUAUCACGUUGGGAAAAAAGAAACAAAAUACAGAAAGUGGGAACUUAUAAUACGCACAGAUGGAUCAGUUGACGAGAUGCAGGUUUUAACAUUUGACAAGUAACACAGAUGGAUCUUUCGUAAGGGAAUUUAUAAUUUAUAAUUUUAAGUUUCUUUUUUCUUCUUUUCUUUUUUUUUUUUUCUUUUUUCUUCGUUUGCUUCUUACAACUCAAGCGUAGGUUAAGUUGUAUUUAGUGGAUGAUCAUUUCUUUUUGUUGAUCUGAUUUUGUGACAUUUAGAGGAUUUUGAUGUAAGCAGUGCAAGUUAGGAAAUGAAUUCUCCUCACUGUUUUAAAAAAAAGGACGCAAGUAUAGUAGCGUAAGUUAUAUUUAAAUUGUACAUGACAUUUCACGGACGGUGUGGUAAUAGGAAGAGCUAGAACUUCAUUGAGAAUAUUGUUAAAUGGAUGUAAGUAUAUGUAUAAAAUUUUGGAUAAAAAAAAAAGGAACAAAAAUGCGUGUAAGAUUUGUAAUUGUUCGAGGAAAAGUAAUGCUUCAUUAAGAUUUCAAACGAAACGUUCGUUGUGUAUGAAACUGCAUGUAUUUUGUACGGUUAUUAUCACUUUACAUUUUUAUAGAAUUUUAACGCCUCAUCUGUGCUUAUUAAUAAGUAAUAGGGAGUGAUUUCUCUCCUUUUUUACGUAGUAGCGGUUUUGUUUCAAAGAAACUAGCGCACUUCGAUGAACGUUCAAAGAGAUGCAUUUUAAACGAUAAG